AUGCAAGUUGGCAGCGUUGUUGCGAUCUUCCUUUGUGCUUUGGCACUAAUUGUGUCAAGUCAGCCAUGGGACGGCCGUUACAAGAAGCUUGAUGUGAAUGAUGAGAAAAUAAAGGUUGGAUUUGCAGCCAGUAAAUAUAUUACGUUUUGCAAGCCAUUGGCUCAUGCUCAGAAAUAUCCAACUCAAUUCCAAUGGUCGGAGUUGGCGAAUAAGGCAGUGGAGAAAAGCAAUGAAAAAUCGCAAUUCCCGUCUUGGCAUGCUCUCAAAGAGAUCGUUAGUGCGAAAGUGCAAGUCGGUGGUACGCAAAAUACCGUACUCGAGCUGAAUCUUCAUCCAACGAAUUGUAAGAAUGAGGUGCCAAAACCAAAAACGGAAUGUGAGAUGAUGAAGAAUACAAUAGGACAGUUCAAAGAAAUCUUGUUCGAUGAGUAUAUUGCUAUCAAUAUGCAAAUGAAAGCAGUUGAAACUGGAACGAGUCGUCUGUGCGCUUAUGAGAACGAUCGCGUUGCAAGUACAAAAAGGUAUCAGUCAAAUUCCAGCGCAAAAGCCGAUAUAAUGCACCCAUACGAAGUGAGUGUACUGAUUUUAUGCUUGAUAAGCAUAAGAAAGAUACAAGGUGAUGCCGAAGAUGGACGCAAGAAUGAAGAUGUUAAUGAUCCAAUCAUACAGACGUUAGCUGACCGGGCGGUCGAUCAAAUCAACAAAGAAUCGAAAGGUGACUACCGAUCGGAACUGAUAAAAAUUGUCAGUGCUAAAACUCAAACAAUCAACGGCAAAACAACUACACUCCUGUUGCUCACUCAACGUAACUACUGUCCUGUUUCUAAGUCAGGGAGACGGAAGUGCUUCACUCUGCCAACCGCAUUUCAGAGGAUUUAUGAAAUUGCAGUCGAGUACGCACCGAUGCAGACAUCGCAAACGCCUCGAAUGAUCAGCUCGCAUAAGCCUCCGGUGAUCAAAGUAGUGAGAUGGAUUCCAUCAAAUGGCGGAAGCGUCUCGAAAAGCAAAUGUAGCAAAUAA